AGAUGUUGGAGCCUACCCACUUCGCUUUAGCGGGUGCCAGCGAAGCUUACUACUUUAUCAUCAUCGUCACCACAAUGAAAAAGCAAAAGGUGUUGACGAAAAAAUUCACACGAAAAGUCGCCCGCGCUCCACGUCAUGGCUGGUGCAGUUCCGCGACAGCUCCGUCAGCGCAUCGUCUUGUGGACUAACGGAGGAGGGCGGCGUUUGGAUACAUGGAGCCUCACCCUGCCCGUCCUCGAGUCAUCGCCGCCACUUGUGCGAUGCUGACCAACAUGCGAUCCUGGAUGCGGUACCUCCUCUAUGUGGCCGCCGUGCUCCUCUCCGUGUCCCUGUGGAUGGCGAAGUACAACGAGCUUAAGACAAACCCGAAGGCUACAUACAUCUUAUUGAACCCUCAACCCCGAGCUGAAGGCCUUCUCAAUGUCCCGGUACAUCUAGAUAAUGAUUCGUCCCACACUUCAAAUGGAGCAACAUCGCGACACAGGACGGGGAAGGAAAUACAAAAACAACAGACUGAAUCAAGUUAUUCCUCGGAGAGCUUUAGCCCCACUGACACAUCCCCGCAGGGGCCCACAGCAGGUCGCACUACUCCGCGAAGUCAUGAAGUGGACGAGUCUUUUAUGCGUGAGAGAGAGAAGGUGUACCAGGAGCGGCGGCAGCGCGUGCAGGCAGUGUGUAAGCAGCUCGGGGCCACUGGCUCCUACGGCUCCGUGAGGCGCGCCCCGCUACACCGCCUGCGCUGGCUCUCCUCCCACCGCCUCGUCAUGUGCUUCAACGCCAAGGUAGGCACCACCACCUGGACGCAGUACUUGCUGGAGAGGAAGGACCCGAGCUUGCUGAAGAGAACACAAAACUGGCACAACACGGCCAAACGCGUCCUGAAACCCCCGUACGAGCGUGACAGCCCCGAAGCCUUAGCGAUGAUGAAUGACUUUGGAAAGAUAAUGAUCGUGAGGCAUCCAUUCGUCCGCCUCGUGUCUGCCUACCUCGACAAGAUGAGGGGCACCGAGUUCCUAGGGUUACGGCGCCGCAUCGUCGCUCAGUUUCGAUCAGUCUCCUCCUCCUCCAACUCCUCCUCCCCCUCCAACUCCUCCUCGUCCACGUCCCCGCUCCACCCCACCUUCGUGGAGUUUGUACGAUUCCUCAUCGCCAAGACGCCACCCGGGGACGACGUCACCACCAAGCGCCUUCGAGGUUCCAAAAACGUCCACUGGGCUCCCUUCCACGUUAACUGCGCCCCAUGUGACAUUGACUACGACGUGAUACUUAACAUGGAGACCAUCAACGAGGAUACGAGGUAUGUGAGUGAACGGUUCCGUCUCGGGCUGCAGGAAGGCGUCUGGAAAAACCGUGCCAAAACCAACUCAACGGAAGUCACCGCCCUUGGCCUGUUCAAGGUGUGUUUCUUGCUUCUCUUGGCAAAUCAGCAAUGCCUUCACUGUAGAAUCAUCAACUGAAUUAUCUCUUUACAU